GCAGAUCCACACUUCCUCCCAGCUUAGUGUCUCUGCACUCAGGGCGCAGGGUGACCCUUCCCCGGGCACCGCGCUCACCUCCCGCGGGUUCCGCCCCGGGAGAAGCCCCCGUGCCCGCGCUCCGCUCCCCUGACGAGAGCACCGCUAUCGGCUGUUAAACCGAUCCCGCAACCGGUGCCCGCGAUCCCCGCGGCUCCAGGGCAGCGCAAGCACAGAGCAGGGAGCAAAGAGAGGAGAAAUGGAGCCGGAAAACUCACAGACCAUGGCCCCGAAGUGCCUGCGGCCGCUGAUGAAGUACCGGGCCACCGCCAUCCUCUGCCUCACGCCGCUGCUGCUGCUGCCGCUGCCCCUGACUGUGCCGACACGGGAGGCCAAAUGCGCGUAUGUCAUCAUCAUCAUGGCUGUGUAUUGGUGCACGGAAGUGAUCCCACUGGCUGUCACCUCCCUCAUACCUGUGGUAUUUUUCCCUCUACUUGGAGUUCGGAGCUCUAAAUCAGUGUGCUUGCAAUACCUAAAUGACACGUGCAUGCUGUUCGUUGGAGGGCUGAUUGUUGCCAUUUCUGUUGAACAGUGGAAUCUUCACAAAAGGAUAGCGCUGAAGGUCCUCCUGGUUCUUGGAGUGAAACCCGGACUACUCAUGCUGGGAUUUAUGAUAGUCACUGCCUUCCUGUCCAUGUGGAUAAGUAACACAGCCACCACUGCUAUGAUGGUUCCCAUUGUCCAAGCUGUACUGGAUCAAAUGGACAGCACAGAGUGUGAUGUGACCAUGAUGGAAGAAGCAACCGGGCAAACAAAUUCAGUGGCUGAGCUGGAGGAAAAGAACGCAUCAGAUCCCGAUUCAGCAUGUGUCGUGGGCAAUGGACAAGUUCCUGAUGACCCCAGAUCUUCUCAGGAAAAGGCAAUGAGGAAGCGUAUCUAUAAAGGAAUGACACUUUGUGUGUGCUACGCUGCCAGCAUCGGAGGAACUGCAACACUCACUGGAACAGGACCAAACGUGGUAUUGAAAGGCCAGAUGAAUCAGUUAUACCCCAAUAAUAAUGAUGUUGUGAAUUUUGCUUCCUGGUUUGGGUUUGCAUUUCCUAACAUGGUUCUGAUGUUGAUACUAGCUUGGCUUUGGCUACAGUGCUUCUUCAUGGGACUCGACUUAAAAAAAAGCUGGGGCUGUGGGACAGAGAGAUCUGCUAAAGAAAAAGCUGCAUACAGAGUGCUGAAGGCAGAAAUGAAGAAAUUAGGACCUAUUACUUAUGCUGAAUCCAAUGUCCUCCUGUUGUUUAUUUUGCUGGUGCUCUUAUGGUUUUCCAGGCACCCCGGCUUUGUAAAAGGCUGGGCCACCGUACUCUUCCCAAGAGGAGAAAAGUUUAUCACCGAUUCUGCUCCUGCUGUGUUUGUUUCCUUGCUACUAUUUAUCCUUCCUGCUAAUAAACCCAAACUCCAAGACUGGAAACUAAGCACAUCUGACCCUGAAAAGUCUGAAGAAGAUUUUAAAAAGCCAUUUUUAUCAUCCCCGCUGCUAGACUGGAAUGUGGUUCAGAGGAAGAUGCCCUGGACCAUUGUGCUGCUGCUGGGAGGAGGUUUUGCUUUAGCUGAUGCAAGCGCAAACUCUGGGCUCUCAGCUUGGCUGGGUCAUCAAAUGACUCCACUAGGAUCUAUCCCACCAUGGGCCAUUGCAACAGUAAUUUCACUUACCAUAGCUGUCUUCACUGAAUGCACCAGUAAUGUCGCCACAGCCACCCUCUUCCUACCUGUCUUUUCAUCCAUGGCUGAAUCUGUCAAGGUCAAUCCUUUGUAUGUGAUGUUGCCUGGUACUCUCAGUUCUUCCUUUGCCUUCAUGCUACCUGUUGCAACACCACCAAAUGCAAUAGCGUUUUCCUAUGGCCACAUCCGCGUUCUGGAUAUGGUUAAGACUGGAAUAGUGAUGAACAUCAUUGGAAUUUUCUGUGUCACACUGGCCAUCAACACAUGGGGGAGACUUAUGUUUGAUCUGGACACAUUCCCAACCUGGGCAAACCAAACAAGUAACUAGUGAGCAGUGAAGAACCGAUGUGUUAAAGAAGGAAAGGACCCAUGAUGCUACUCCCUGUUGCCCGAAGCCCUGUACAGUCUCAUCACCACUGUGCCUCCAGUCAGGAUCGAGAUUUAGAAUUUAUCGAACUUUAAAUAAAGAGGGGGCAGCCUGUUUUAUCAAAUGGUUUGAACUAUCGUAUCACUGAUAAGUACUUGUAAAUCAUUUGCAUUGAACACUGCACUCAAUUAAUGCAUGAAAAUGCAUUAAUUAUUAAUUAUAUCCUGAUGUCAGCCACUGUACAGAGAAAUCCUAGUGAAAGAAGAGCUCCGUUAUGUUAUGGUUUUUUUUCAUGGGGCCUCAGUCAUGUGGUGGAAUCCUUCCGAGUCGAGAUCUAACACAUUUUCCAUUGCCUCAUUUUCACUCCCAAUUUUCACUGCAUUUAUACACCCUAAGUGCUGAAAUAACCUAACUCCACUGGUCAUGAUUCUUGGGCAAUGAUGAGUUAAGGCUGGCUGGCGUGGGCUUUGUUUUUCUCGCACUGGCAGGGCCAGCAGCUUUUCCUUCUUUUGGCCAUAGGAUGUGGUUUCACUUGCCAAUGAGUGUUUUGUUAGUGCUAGCCUGGGAAUGACUGGUAGCCUACAGGACUUCACACCUAUUGUGAAAGUUCCUGGAUUAGCCCCUGAUGUGCCUUAUUACCUAACUCUGGAAUUUUGGAGUGGAGACAAGGCAUGAGAAAGGCUCUAAUUGAAGGCCUUGUUAAAAUUUAGGGGCUCAGAUAUUAGGGCUUGUGCUGGCUGACAGCAGUGGGUGUUGUCUUGUGUACUUUGGAAUUCAGCUUCCCUCUCAGAAGAGUGUUUUGUAGCACCUGUUUGUGUUAUUUCUGAAGCAGAAGCAGUCUACAGCAGACUGGUGUUGGACUGGGUCUAUUUUGUAUGUGGAUGCUUUUUACUCAGCCCUUUGCGAUGACAUUGGGUGGGAGGUAAGGCACUGUGUUACAGCGGAGAGAUCUGCGGGCGUGAACCAAGUCCUGCUCCCAGACUUGCUCCGCAGCCUUACGCAAGUCAGUUAACCUCUUUUAGCCUCAAUUUCCCCUCCUGAAGAAGAUGUCAUGGCACAUAUCUACCUCACAAGAGAGUUGUGAGGACAUAAGGGUCAAAUUCUGCACCCAUGGUGAUUCCCCACCUCAUGAUAAGGUGUGCAAGGUAGAAGUUACAGAAUCACAGAAUUCUGGCUGGAGAAUUCAGUCCUCUAGCAUAGUAGCUAUAGCUUUAAUAGUUUUGUUAUUAAUGUGAAUGUUCCUUAUAGAACUGGAAAAAUAUUCACAUUUUUGCCUUAAAACAUGAGGUAAGUAUUUAUCACAAAAUCACCGGGUGCUUUUCUGAGCAGAAGACUACUUCAAGAAUGAUUUGAUUUUCGUGCCUUUGUCUUCUGUGCUCUGUCAAGGUGCUGGGCACCACAAACUCUCCACUGACUGUUGUUCCUGGGUGCUUCCAACAGCCCUCUGUCUACCCAGCUGGCUGCAUGCGAUGCAGCCUCACACCUCUUCUAUGGAAUGGUGGAGCAUGUGGAUAAACACUGUUCCCCUGCAGAGUUUAUCUAAGGAAGAGGAAAGUUCUAGUACCAAGAAGUGACUUGGUCACAGACGUUUUGUCACUGCCUGAACCUUAUCCCAAUAUUUGUUUGAGGAAAUGGAAACCAGGAGCGGUUAAGCACCUUCUUGGCUUUGGAAGUCACCAUUGAAUGAUGAUUUGCAUCGGGAGGUGUCUAAAUGCAUUUGAGAAAGGGAUAUUUUCUGCCUUCUGAUGGAGUUCACGGUAU